GAAAGUCGGAUUUGUUGCUAGCUGUGCGCCUUCUUAUUUACUGUUUCCCAGCUCAACGCCUGCUCCGACGGUUCAAUCUUUUCCACUUCUGCAAUGCUUGAUAGCCUUAGAUGACCAGAUUUAUUCUGGCGUUAGGGCGAGGGAAGCGGAAGAGAUCGGGAUACAAGUCGUCGACCCCGGGCAGACACCAACGUUGGCGGCCGAAUCAGAAGCUCCGCAAGCUUGAGAUGGAAGAUAGAAUUAGCACUCUGCCAAGCAGCAUUAUCGAACUUAUACUCAUGUGCCUACCAAUAGCAGAAGCAGUACGUACUAGUAUUCUAUCCAGCAGAUGGCGAUAUCAGUGGUGCACCACCCCCCAUCUCAUAUUUGACAAGCAAACAAUCUCAUCAACUUCUAAGUAUAAACUUGAGAGCGUUGUCGAUCAGGUCCUCUUACUUCACACCGGUCCCAUUCACAAAUUCGUCUUUGAUGCCUAUUGUGGCAUAAAAGACAUUGCCCCCGUUGACAGAUGGCUGGUUUUCUUAUCCAGAAACUAUUUGAAGGAGCUGGCCCUUAAAUUCUGUGCAGGCAGCCUAUACAAGUUACCUACUGUUCUUUACUCCUGUCAAGCCAUAGUAUCUCUGGAUUUGCAUGAUUGUGAAUUUAAGCUUCCACGUAAUUUUAAUGGUUUCGGUUGUCUCACCACUCUUCUCCUUGAAAAUAUAAGCAUUUCAGAGAUUGAUUUUGCAUCACUUAUUUCCAAAUGUCCGCUUCUGAGAACGUUAGUUUUUAUUGAUUUCUAUUGCUGUUGUCAUCUUAAGUUGAAUGCUCCUAAGCUUCAGGAAUUGGUGGUUGAGGGGGUGUUUGCUGACAUUCAUCUUGAAAAUACACCAGAUCUUGCCUCAUUAUCAUUAGGGUUGGAGGAUGAAGACGAAGAGCUUGAUAACGAGGAAGAGGAUUUUGAGAAUGGAGAUACUGACAAUGAGGAAGAGUGCUAUUUUAACAAGUGCUUAAGCAAUAUUCCCAAGAUUGAGAGGCUGGAGCUUCAACAAAAUUUUCUUGAUUUUAUGACAAGAGGGCACGCAUUUGUGCGAUUCCCAACCUAUAGUUGCUUGAAGAAAGUGUUCUUAAGUUGCUUCAAUUUUGAAGAUCUGAAGCAUGUCAUGGCACUCCAGUCUUUGUUGCAAAAUACUCCGGUGCUCAAAGAGCUCGAACUAGAGGCUGACUCAGACGAGUCUAUAGCCACCAUACCUACCUCGAGCUUUUUCGAUAGGAAGGAAAGCCGUAGUUUUAAAUUAGACGAGCUUCGAAUUGUGAGGCUAACUGAGCUUGUGGGCGUCCGCACUGAAGUGGAGUUCAUAGAGUUUAUACUUUCAACUGCAUCUAGACUCGAGUCGCUAAUUAUAAAGCUAGAUCGUGAAGCGCCCGAGGAAGUCAAGCUUUACAAAGAGAUCAUGCGGUUCCGAAGGUCUUCCACCAGAGCCGAAAUUGUAAUCUUGGAUAAUUGCCACAAGCUUGCAACAGAUGAUAGAAUUAGCACUCUGCCAAGCAACAUCAUUGACCUUAUACUCAUGUGCUUACCAAUAGCAGAGGCAGUACGUACUAGCAUUCUAUCUACCAGGUGGCGAUAUCAGUGGUGUACCAUCCCCCAUCUCAUAUUCAACAAGCGAACUUUCUCAUCAACUUCAAAGUAUAAACUCGAGAGCAUUGUCGAUCACGUCCUCUUACUUCAUAUUGGCCUCAUUCAUCGAUGGCUGAUUUUCUUGUCCAGAAAAUAUGUAAAGGAGCUGUCUCUUAAAUUUUGGUCAGUCCACCAGUACAAGUUACCUCUUGCUUUUUACUUCUGUCAUGCUAUAGUAUCGCUGGACUUGAGUGAUUGUAAAUUUAAGGUUCCCCAUGGUUUUAAUGGUUUUAAUUGCCUCACCACUCUUCUCCUUGAAAAUAUAAGCAUUUUGCCGGUCGAUUUCGCUUCACUUGUUUCCAAAUGUCCACUUCUGAGAAAGUUAGUCUUUAUUGGUUGCUAUCGUCAUUUUCAUCUGAAAGUGAAUGCUCCUAUGCUUCAAGAAUUGGUGGUUGAGGGAGUUUUUGCUGAUAUCCAUCUUGAACAUACACCAGAUCUUGUUUCCUUAUCAUUAAGGUUGAAGAAUGAUGAUGGAGGUUUUGAUAGUGAUAGUGAGGAUGAGGAUAUGUACUGUUUUACAAGCUGCCUAAGCAAUAUUCCAAAGAUAGAGAGGCUGGAGCUGCAACAAAAUUCUCUUAAUCUUGUGACAAGAUGGGAUGCAUUUGUGCAAUUCCCAACUUAUAGUUGCUUGAAGGAAGUAUUAUUAAGUCAGUUCAAAUUUGUGGAUCCGAAGCAUGUCAUGGCACUUGAUUCUUUGUUGCAAAAUGCCCCUGUGCUCAAGAAGCUUGAACUAGAGGCUGAAUCAGAUGUGCGCAAUACUACCGCACCCCUCUCAAGCUUUUUUGAUAGAAAGAAAAACCCUAAUUUUAAUUGUGAUGGGCUUCGGAUUGUGAGGCUAAGUGGGUUUAUGGGCAUUCUCUAUGAAGUGGAGUUCAUACAGUUUAUACUUUUUAGUGCGUCGAAGCUUGAGUCGCUGAUUAUAAAGCUAGAACUUGAAGCUCUGGAGAAAGUCAAACUUUUCAAAAAGAUCUUGGGGUUCCGUAGGUCUUCCGCCCGGGCCGAGAUCAUAAUAUUAGAUUGAGGAGGCUUCUUUUUGUUUUUUGUGUAUAGGAAGUCUGAACACUUGAUGGCUCUUCUUAUGCAUCUAGUAGAAUGAAGUUGGUGCGUCUCUUGUUUUUUUUUUUUUGUUUUUUUUUUUUGUUUUUGGGAGAUUUGUUCACAUAUAAGUGGAAAUAUUUUCAUUUAUAAUGUCAUCGACUACUGCUGGCCGCGUCUGGUCACCAUUGUCAGUGGCCCUUGUUUGCUAAUGACAUGUGCUAAAUACGGUAGUAAUGUAUAAUGCU